AUGCUCCACAUGUACCGUUGGGCGUUGUUGCAGGGUUAUCGCAAAACAAAAAGCGAUGGAACUGAUUAUUGUACAGUGAGGGAUGAAACCGAUCUUCGAGAAGCAGUGGAAUUUUUCGCAGGAGAUGCAUCUAGUGACAAGGCCGUUCGCCUUUUUGUGUCUCCAGACUCUCAGAAACACCAGACCGUUUUUGGAGAGGUUCCCGAUGACUCCGAUGCUUACAAUAUCGUUGAAACAGAUACCGAAACUGAGGAAGCUACUGUCGGAUCUACUGAAGUAGCAACGAGAGAAAACACAACAGAGCAACCGAAUGCAACAAGUUCUGACACGGUGAAUGCAAACGAGGAAGUUAGUGAGCUUGAACAAAGCCUGAGGGCAGAUCUGCAUGUUGAAACGCAAGAAGAAGUUACUACGGCGGUUAACACUCCCACAACCCCAGCAGUGACUCAUAAUGUAUUUGGCAAUGCACCACCACAGCCCGCUUAUCAAAUGCCUACUUACAUACCAUACGCUGGGCUAUAUCCGUAUGGACACUGCUAUCCUGGCAACUCCUUGUAUCCUACGCCGUUACCAAGAUGGCCCAUAUCACCUAGUCCUCUGCAGACACUCCAACAAAACAUGCAUCAUUCUAUGGAUGCCAGUGCUCCACCGGUUACGGAUGCCACCCUCGCAUCAAGUAAACCUAAAAGUAAGGAAUCAACCCAUGCAUCAACAGCAAAAUCACCAACCGCGACUACUGCAAGCAAAGAACACGGUGCAAAAGCACAGAAGCGUGGCUGCGUGCGAGAAGAAACCACAAGUGCGUUCAAGCCAAAAACGAAAUCAAAAUAUGUUGGAGUAGCGUUACAAAUACUACGUGAGAUGGGAUUCCAGCAGGAAGAAAAGGAGCUGAAAAAGAUUAUCAAAAACUGUAACGGAAACCUCAAUGAUAUAAUGGACCGGCUACAACGUUUUCACAAAUCGCAAUGGCGGCAGAAUUGAUUACACGGCCUAACUUGUGCACAACAGCUCCAUUCCUGAGUGUCUUCAUCACUGUUUGCAACAGUCAUUCAUUUACAUCCUGGGUGCACAUGAUCACGUAAACUCGACGCUGUGGUUUGAAAGCGGUCAUUUUGAUGAGGAACAAAGUAAUGCUAGGAAUUGCCACAUAUUUUAAUUGCUAAU